CAAGGAACCAACCGGAACCAGAGUCGUCUAGCCUUGGACUAAAAAAACACGUUGUUCACAUCCCCCCCCACAUGUACACUAGCUGGAAGCAACUAACAUCCCCAAAAAUACACCCGUAAAUCGAUUUAACCCAUGGUCAAAUUUGUCCGCUUGCGAAAAAAAAAAAACUUUGAUGCUUCUGUCAGCCAGCACGGCAGCCCUGCCCAGACUCAGGAAAAGGUAAUAUCUGUCUAUGGUUGCCAACAAGACGAUCGGAAUCACGUGACUAUCACGUGCAGUUCGCGAGUAAGUGUCCUCAAGCUUUCACAUCCAAGUCCAAGUUUGAUUUCACCAAUGCCACAACAACCUGCAGAUAGUGACGACGAAUUUCCAGACGAUAUCGGACAGUUGGACUUGAGUAACGUCCCAGGUCUUCAGGAAAUUCCGCUCCCAGCUUCGAUCAGCCCUUUGGAUGAUCCUCCUCCCACAGUGAUCGUACCAGCGCCCCCAUCGCAAUCAUCUACGUCUUCCCUACCCUCCGAAUAUGACUGCGACGACGAGAUAGAUGAGUCAACAAUUGCCGCUCUGGAUGCUCUCGAAGCACAGUUUGCACAUGGUCAAUCUCAACUCGGAGCCUCUCCUUCAACUGCUCAGCAGUUGAUUAGUGCUCGCGCUGAUGACCGCAAGCGUGGACCGUCGUCACCGCAAACAUCGCCCGCCAGUAAAAAAGGCAAGACAAGUGCCGAAGACAGCCAUGAUACAGCAAACAAAAUACUCGAGGGAUUCGAAACUGAGAUUAUGUGUCCGAUAUGCUUUGAUGUCAUGGUAGCAGCGCACCUAUGCAAUCCUUGCGGCCAUAGCUGCUGCGGAGAAUGCGCCCAAGGCUGGAUAUCCCAGAAUAAAGCGUCUCCGGCAUGUGCAGUGUGCCGCGCUGCGUUGUCAACGUUCAAACCACUUCUUCCCAAUUAUUCCCUUGAUGCCGUAGUCCAGCAAUACAUCCGUGCUCUUGCCGUCAGCGGACAAUCAGAAUGGCAAGAAAAGGGAGACAGGUUAACAGAGUGGAGGAAGCGUCACGACAAAUGGAGGAGAAUCGCCCAAGCGAAUGCACUAAUGGUAAAGCCAAAAGAAACCGCUUAUCGUACAAGACGCUAUCAAGGCGCUAUCGUUUCCUACGUGCCACCAGUUUAUGAUUAUCCCGGAUCGUAUAACGAUGAUGAAGAUGACGAAGAUGGAGACCCAACCUAUGAAGACGAUGAGGUUGUGGAGAUUUUACCGCACCGAAGAGUACUGAGACGGUAACCAACGUUCGUUCCAUGGCCUAUAUUCUUAAACGGACCUCAUUCGAUAUUCUAUACUUCUGUCAUAAUUGUUACUUGUAGUAUCAUAGUCGCAGUUCACGUUGCCUGCUAUUCGCUUCAAGCAGCCAGCAGGACCAUUUGCACUUGUUUGGUGUCGCACUCCUUGCAACGUUUUGGAGACCAAUCGCGGAGUACCUUGACUUAU